UCUGGCCAUUCGCGUUUUUCCUAGAGUCGGUGCGGGCUUCGUUGCGCGGUUGAUUUACAGUUGGUCUCUCUGGCCUGCCUGCGCCUGGAUAACGCAAAAAACCCAACCAGACUGCCUGCUGCCUGCUGCCAAUUCAUUGCCAACUCUGAAUUUAGCCGGCAAUAAAACCGAAAGUGUCUGGCAGCCAGCAUUCGUCCUCCUCUUUGAUGAGCCGCCGCCACCGCAGACGCCACUCGGAUGUGAUUGGAGAGAUCUUGGCGUUUCCGCCGUGCCGUGUCCUUCCGCGUCGCUAACAAGCUGAAGUGCCCGUGACUUGAGUUUCCUAAUGCCACUAAUCGCACCCGUGAAAUACUUCGUUGCGUAGACGUCGGGGCCCUAUCGACGUCCGUCCCGUCCCGUCCCGUCCACGCCCCCCGCUUCGCCUCCACUGCGUAAAACAAUCAGAAAUCGAGUGAAAUAAAAAACCCGAAAAAGAAAAACCGCACACAAAGCAAAUAAAGAGGAGAGAGAGCCAGAACCAGUGCCAGAGCCAGAGCCAGAGCACACAGUAGAAUAUACAGAGAAAUCAGCGGAAAAUAACAUUCGAAAGCAACGGCAAAAACGAAACGAAUGAAAUCAAAACACCAAAGAAGAGUAAAGCGACGACCCACACGGAAGAAAGCAGCAGAACGACAACAACAACCACAGCAGCAGCAGCAGCAGCAACCAGAGAGAAGCCCAUAGAAGGGAGCAGGGUCCACCCACUAUAUGCCCUAGUAUUGUCCGUAAACGACGAGUACUUUAUUGUGGAAUGAAGGGCGGCGGUGCCUACAUCAGCAUUGGCUCAAGCACCAGCAGCAUCAACAGCAUGGGGAGCGGCAGCGGCAGCGGCAGCAAGAUGACGCUGGGAAAAUCUGUUAAAAUGUACCUGACCAUAUUCAUAGCCACGACCUGCAUCUACAUGGUGCUGUAUCAGUAUCACAUGUCCCGGGAACCCUUCGCGCCCAGCGAAGUCGGAAAGCAUCAAGAGAAAUCAUCAUCAUCGUCAUAUAUCGCCUCAUAUUUGUGGUCACCCAUGUCCCUGCUAAUGGCCAAUGCAACAACAACAACAACAACAACCACAACAACAACGACAGUGUCUUCAACAACAACAACAGCAACAGUAAGCAAUGCAGGACAGGUGGGACAGGGAUCAUCCUCUGGGUCCAUCCGAACGGUUUCAUUAGCUGCCACCCGACCCACACAAGCAUCGUCAUCGGCAUCGAUAUCGGCAUCAGCGGGUGGCGCCGCCGCCCAUAAGACUGCAGCAGCAACAACAACAACCACAUCAACCACUCCCCCAGCAACAGUUACAACAACAACCACAACAAGAGCCAAUCCGAUCGCCAAAAAAGGUCCAGCAUCCACAUCCAUGUCCCAGUCCCAGCUGGACGCUGCCCAUAAAAUUCGACCAACAUUCGUUGCCGCUUCAGAGCCCCCGCCCCUGUACAUAAUCACGCCCACCUACCGGAGGCCCGAGCAGCUGGCGGAACUGACGCGCCUCGGAUACACGCUGAAGCACGUGGCCAAUCUGCUGUGGCUGGUCAUCGAGGAUGCGAACAAGACGAACCCGCUGGUGGCGCACACCCUGGACCGCAUCGGGGUGCCGUACGAGUACAUGGUGGCACCCAUGCCCGAGAAGUACAAGCAGACGAAAAAGGCCAAGCCGCGCGGCGUCUCCAACAGGAAUCGGGGCCUCGAGUAUCUGCGACAACAUGCCACCGAGGGCGUGCUCUACUUUGCCGACGAUGAUAAUACCUAUGACAUUAGCAUAUUCGAGCAGAUGCGGUACAUCAGCAAGGUGGGCAUGUGGCCCGUGGGGCUCGUGACCAAAACGGGCGUCAGCAGCCCCAUUAUACGGAACGGGAAGCUAGACGGCUACUACGAUGGCUGGAUAGGGGGACGGAAAUACCCCGUGGACAUGGCCGGAUUCGCGGUGAACAUCAAGUUCCUGAGGCAGCGACCCCACGCGCAGAUGCCCUUCAAGCCGGGCUAUGAAGAGGAUGGCUUCCUGCGGAGUCUCGCGCCGUUGGAUAACGACGAAAUAGAUCUGCUGGCCGACGAGUGCCGAGAUAUCCUCACCUGGCACACGCAGACCAAGAAGAAUCCCCCCGCACAGGCGUUGAACAAGACGCGCUACAGCAACACCAAUCUGGUGCACAUAGACAAGCUGCUGGUGCGUCCGUAAGGACGUCAGACUGUAGUUAGAUAUAGAUAGAUAUAGAUAAACCCGCGCAGGGGGUCCGUUUAGGAAAGCGAGUGAGCUCACAAAGUGUCCAUGGACUUGACCAGUUGUACAGGUACAACCUUGUGUUAAAGUCCCGAUUCCACGCUUUUAUGUGGACUGUGAACCAAUCAGAAUUGAUCAGAUCAGUAGAUCCAGUAGGUGUACAUUAUUACCAUAAUCAUACGAUACGUUAGCUAGCUCUAAGCGCGCACUCUCCUACGAUACAGCCAGGCUUUGUUUGACCCCAGACACCAGACACUAGACACUAGACACGGCUCCUACUACAUGCAUACGAGUACGUAUAUUUGUAAUCACACCUUAAGUACUCUACUCUACUCUAAAUCAUAUCGUAUCGUCCUCGACUACUACUACUAAUACUUUUUGUAAAUAUUCGCCAAUCUUGAUUUAAGUUUAAGCAAUACUUUUGUUUUGGUUUAAGUGGAAAUUUAUCAGAUUUCUCGGCCACAACGAAUUGGAUCGGAUGUUCCUAAAGCUACAAGAAGAUACCCCACAAAUUGUGCAUUCAAUUCCAUCAACCUUUUCACUCAUACCCAAGAGACAACCAAUGCGCGAGGUCAAGGCCUCCUCCCCAACCACAACAACUAUUGGUAAAUAGUAAAUGGUAAAUGUUAAAUGGGGACAAGGUGUCAACUAGAAACUUAUUUCCCGGAAUGCUCCUAAGGAACACUACCCAAAAAGCAGCUCAAAUGUGGGCCGCAGCCAUUUCAAUAAUUCAUGUUGACACAGUAUGUUCUGCAGGCAGACACGAGCCGGGUGGCACAGAUACUACCACUGCGACUAUCCUACCCGUAACUCAAGGCACGGACUGGCCCCAAAGCAUACCGAGCUCUGGGUGAACCUCCGAAUCGCGUGCAGAGCUGCAUGCCAGUCGAUGCGGCGGCGGGAAGUACAGCAAACAGUUUACUAUAUGCUAAUGGGAUUCAAUGACUCAAAAGUUUUGGCAAAGCAAAGCAAAGCAAAAGCAAUUCCAAUUCCUGUAGAAAUUAUGCACACUUUGUUUGUUGAAUUUUGUCCUUUCAACACACAAACACUCUAUCUCUAUACCUAUCUCUCUCUCUGUAGGCCUAAGGAUCUGUUGUACGAGUAGUUUCGAAUUCUAGGUUUCCAAAUGCAACACUUUCGCACUAUCCCUAAGCAUCUAAGUAUUUGAUAAUGAUAAGUUAAGUUUACAAAGAUAAAGAUAAAUACAUUUGUAUUGUACUAUAUUCAAGUUAUGAACUGCACUGAAAUACGCCUACGUGUAAAUAAUAUAUUCACCAAAAAGUUGUAACCAAAUUUUUACAAGUCCCGAUAUUGUACGGGAGCUAUGGAGCUAAGGAAACUAUGACAAAUGGUAUUAUAAAAUUUAUACAAUUUAUACAACGGAAUACGGAAUACGAUAAGCAGCAAAGCAAUUAGUUAGGUACUUACAAAAAAUCUUACAACAAAAUACUAAUAUACUAUUUAAACUACGAGUACGAGUACGAGUACGACUACGAGUACGAGUAUAUAUUGAUUGAUAUAUAAUGUAAAACCAAACCUCUUCAAGAUAUCUCAGAAUCUUCCCCAGAAUACUAAACGAUACAGAAAUAGUACACGAGUACGUCUAAAGCUAUUCUCUUAUUCAAGUAAAUUACAACAUAAAAUGUUUAAACCUGACAGAACUUCAAUCAUUUUUUAAGCAAAAUAACUUUC